AUGGAUGUACGGACGGGAACGAAGAGGGCGGCAAAGAAGAUUCCAAAGUAUUUUGUGGAAGAUGCGGAUCGAUUUCUACAGGAGAUUGAGAUCAUGAAAGGACUGGAUCAUCCGAACAUAGUGCGGUUGUUCGAGUCUUUUGAAGAUACCAAGGACAUUUAUCUCAUUAUGGACUUUUGUGCAGGUGGUGAACUCUUUGACCGACUUGUGGAUGGAGGCACAUUCAACGAAGCACUCGCCUCCCGUAUCAUGCUCCAAGUGCUUCAGGCUGUAGCCUACUGCCAUUCGCGCCGAGUGGCACAUCGCGACCUAAAACCCGAAAACUUCCUCUUCCUGAACCAGUCCCCUUGGUCGCCCCUCAAACUUAUUGACUUUGGACUGGCCUCCAAGUUCACACCCGGCAUCCCAAUGCGCACCAAGGCCGGUACGCCCUACUAUGUUUCCCCCCAGGUUCUCGAGGGCCGUUAUGGUCCAGAGUGUGAUGUAUGGAGCGCCGGCAUUAUCAUGUACAUCCUACUGUGCGGUUACCCACCCUUCAAUUCUUACUCAGACCGCGGCAUCAUGCAAAAGGUUCGCGAGGCACAACUAGAAUUCCCUAUGGCAGAAUGGGCCAGCGUCUCUCGCGAUGCGAAAGACCUUAUUCAAAAAUUACUCACACGACAUCCGAAAAAAAGAAUCACCGCAGAGCAAGCUCUCAAACACCCUUGGCUCGCCUCACACAGCACCGAACAGGUGCCUCGAUUCGGUGUCGAACUGCUCGAAAAGUUCCGACGCUUCCAAGGCCUUAGCCGACUGAAGAAAAUCGCGCUCACAAUCAUGGCCCAGCACAUAGAUGAAGGAGAAAUCGCUGGAUUGCGCGAAAUAUUCAUGGCCUUAGACACCUCAGGAGACGGUGUACUCUCCGUAGACGAGAUCAGAGCCGGCAUCGGACGAGCCGGCUUCAAGAAGCUACCCGCCGACCUGGACACCAUGCUCCGCGAAGUUGACACCUCUGGAACAGGCACCAUCGACUUCACAGAGUUCAUUGCAGCCUGUCUCCACCAGUCACAAUACAGACAAGACGAAAUGUGCAGAAAAGCCUUCACCAUCUUCGACAUCAACCACGACGGCAAAAUCAGCGCCGAAGAACUCGAGACUGUCUUCCACCUGGCCAGCGGCGAAAGCGACGACGCCGCAACCCAUGAAGUCAAACAGGCUUUACGGGAAGCAGACGCAGACGGGGAUGGAGAAAUAUCGUUUAAGGAGUUCGUCAGCCUCAUGCGGAGAGUACCAUCGAGGACUCUGCUCGGCUCCUGCCCGGAGGAAGCCGCAGGCAUGAUGGUCCGGGUUAGCUCCCGUCCGAACAUCCUACGGCGACACCCAUCCGAUAUCGUCGCCCAACCUCAGAGGAGCGCCAGUCUUCACCUCUGGGACAAGUACUGA